AUUUCCCGGUGCCCCAUGGAAGAUUCAACGGAGAGGAGCCCCCUCUUAGGAGGGGGAGACCACCGGGGCGGCCCCAGCUCCCCCAGCGCCAGCGCCUUCCACGGCCGUCGCCUAGCCUGCGCUGCGGUGCUGCUGGCGGAGAUGCUGGAGCGUGUGGCGUUCUACGGCAUCACCUCCAACCUGGUGCUGUUCCUCAACGGGGUGCCCUACAACUGGGAAGGCACCCAAGCCAGCCAGGCCUUGCUGCUCUUCAUGGGCGUCACCUACCUGGUGUCGCCCUUCGGGGGCUGGUUGGCGGACGCCCUGCUGGGCAAGUUCCCCACCAUCCUGUUCAGCAUGAUGGUCUACCUGCUGGGCAUGCUGCUCUUCCCCACCAUGGCUUACUCCGCAACCCGCCAGUGGCUCUGCGGGGAAAUGCCCCUGCGGACCGUGGAGAACUGCUCUGUGCCUGUGUCUCCCAACAUCACCCACACCCCGUGCCAGCUGCAGGGGGCCAACCGCUAUUGCCUGGUGGCCAGCUUCGUGGGACUGGUUCUCGUGGGAAUCAGCGUGGGCUCCGUCAAGGCCAACAUCACGCCCUUCGGAGCCGACCAGGUCAAAGACCGGGGGCCCGAAGCCACACGAAGGUUUUUCAACUGGUUUUAUUGGAGCAUAAACUUGGGGGCCAUCGUAUCCUUGGGAGGCAUCGCGUACAUCCAGCAGAACGUGAGUUUUGUCAUCGGCUACAUCAUCCCGGCUGUUUGCAUCGGGGUGUCCUUCGUCGUGUUUCUGUGUGGCCAGAGCUUCUUCAUCACAAAGCCCCCUGACGGCAGCGCCUUCACAGACAUGUUUAAGAUUCUGGCUUAUUCGUGUUGUUCCCGGAAGAGGCCUGAGGAAUACUCCAGCAAUAGUAGAGACACCCAAGGGGUACUUCAUCAACCAGCUCCCAAGCAAAGCCUCUUCGAGAUGGCCAAAUCAUCCCGUGGAGGGCCAUUCAGGGAAGAUAAAGUUGAGGAUGUGAAAGCGCUGGUCAAAAUCAUUCCAGUCUUCCUGGCCCUCAUACCUUACUGGACGGUCUAUUUUCAGAUGCAGACGACGUACGUUCUCCAAAGCCUGCACUUGAGAAUCCCCCAGUUUUCAAACAGCACCUCAAACACCCAUACGUUCCCUGCAGCUUGGCUGACCAUGUUCGACGCGGUGCUUAUCCUCAUAUUGAUACCUUUGAAGGACAAAGUGGUCGACCCCAUCUUGAAGAGGCACGGCCUGCUCCCGUCGUCGCUGAAGAGGAUUGCGGUCGGCAUGUUCUUUGUGAUGUGCUCUGCGUUUGCUGCAGGAAUAUUGGAAAGCAACAGGCUGAAGAUCGUGAAGGUUAAGACUAUCAAUCAGACGAUUGGGAACGCAGUCUAUCAUGCGGCCGAUAUGUCAGUCUGGUGGCAGAUACCUCAGUACCUCCUGAUAGGGUUCAGCGAGAUAUUUGCAAGCAUUUCGGGUCUGGAAUUUGCAUAUUCUGCUGCUCCCAAAUCUAUGCAGAGCGCUAUUAUGGGUCUCUUUUUCUUUUUUUCGGGAAUUGGAUCUUUUGUUGGAUCAGGGCUUCUGGCUUUGGUGUCUAUUACAGCGAUUGGCUGGAUGAGUAAUCACACAGAUUUGGGUAACAUAAAUGGGUGCCAUUUAAACUAUUACUUUUUUCUGCUGGUUGCUAUUCAAGGAGCAACCCUUCUCCUUUUCCUUAUUGUGUCUGUCAAAUACGACCGCCAAAGAUCCCGGACUUACGGACCUGCCGCCAGUGUGCGGACCUGACACCUGCAAGGAAAGAGCAGCUUUCAUGACCGACGUUUGAUGUCAGUUGAACCAUGCAUCUCCAAGUCCUUAAAUGCUAAUACAAGUGGGCGCUUGUCGCCAGGAAACACGUUCUUUAAACUUGCAUGUUAACAUUGCGUUCUUGCCUCGGCCCUCUUUUUUCCUUCCCCUGUAAAAGUAGGUAAGUGCCUUAUGUUAGCAAAAUGGCCUUGUCUUGCCCGGUGCCCAGAGAUGUGGCGCAAGCUCUGUUUUUCAAGUCUGUUACCCUCGGGCGCAGAAGAUGCGCAGAACUUAUUCCAAGCUGUUUCCUUCAGUCUGUUCAAGCUGGGGGUGAUUAGCCUUUGGAAACAAGCGAUGAAUGACUGCCUACUAAGGAGACUUUGAAGGAAAUGAGCAAGAGAAGGUUGCUCAUCCAUUUCCCCAGAAAUAAUGUCCUCCUUUCUUAAAACUGAAGUGUCAUUGUGGAUGGGGGUGAGAAGUCUCUAUUGUUGGCCCUGGUUAUAUGGGAAUGAAGUGGUGUGGAAUUUUUCAUUCCUGUGUUGUCCAAAAAGGGAAGCGACUUCAACCUGCGUUGGUGUUUUCCAGGGCAAAAGUUACGAAACUACUGUACUGAACAGGCCUCUGUUGUUGUCUCAUUUCUAUCCGUUAAAUCAUUUCGUGGCAGGAAGCUGAGCUGGUAUCAGAGUCUUUCCUUUUUCUUCCUUCCUUUUCUGUUGCCUCAUGCCUUGAGAAUUUAUCCUUUUCUUUUUUUUAGGUAGGAGUUGAAAUGUACUCAAGGGUUUGGGAUAUACAGCGUGCUGUGAAUAAGCAAAUCUGUUGCCGUUCCCUCGUUUUUAGGUCAAUUUCCCACUUAAAAGCUGAUGGCGUGGACGGGAGUAGAAACUAAAAGUAUUUGAAAGUGUAAUUUGGGUGGACAUUCUGAAGGGCACAGCCAAUUUGUAGCGGAGGCCCAAGAUGGAUGGAAGUUUUGUGUGUGUGGUGGGACGUCUACAUUGACUGCUAGCCAAA